AUGGACAAGACUAAGUCGAAACUCGCCGCCUUUUUCGACAACGACGACGAGGAUUCUUCGUUCCCACAAAAGGAAGUUGAUGACCAGAAGCGCUCUCUCUACACGCAGGGCACCGUCCGCAAGUCUAAGCGAGAGAAGGAGAAAGAGGCUGCGGAAGCCAAACGAAAAGAGGAGGAAGAAAAUGCGGCCAAGGCGUAUGCAGAAUUCUUGGAUGCAUUUCAAGGGGAAGGGGUGAACCGUAGAAAGGGCGGAUCGGCUUUCGUAAAAGCUGGCCAGGAGGGCACAUAUGCGCCCUUCGCGAAAGGAAGACCUGCAGCACCUGCUCGUACUUUUGAGGAACUGCAGCCUCCUUCUCCGCCUCCUGUAGUCCCUAAACCGAAGGGCAAGCGUGCUAUGGAUUCUUUCCUGGAGGAAAUCAAGAGAGACCAGGCGGACAGAGAAGCAAGAUUGUCCAGACAUGUAACCCAUGGACGAUCCGUCACCUCUAUUGCAGCGUAUGAGGGUCAAAGCGGUAGUAAGGAUAGAGGGGAUCCUGAGACUUCCAAUAUCUUUGUUGCGAAUCUCCCGCCCCAUGUGAGCGAGCAAAGUUUGGGAAAUUUCUUCGCUCGCAUUGGUCCAGUUGGCUCUGUCAAAAUAAUGUGGCCACGCGGAGAUGCCACCCACGGGCCUGGCGCGGACAUGACGACGUCAAGGCGGACAAAAAAUUCAGGGCUUAGCGGCUUUGUAUCUUUUAUGAAACGCAAGGAUGCCGAAGCAGCUCUCCGAGAGCUGGAUGGAUUUGAUUGGGGCGGUUCGAUUCUGCGAGUUGGAUGGAGCAAAGCCGUCCCCAUUGCUGCGAAGCCCCUCUACGGUGCAGUUGCAUUUUAUAUACUGUGUCAGCCUGUAAUUGAAGAGAAACAUCAGCAGUCACAAAAAAACCUGCAUCUAGGUCAAGGUCGCCCUCUCGAUCUAGAUCCAGGUCGAGAUCCCCCGAAUAUAAAAGCAGAAGCCGUUCCCGUGGUCACGGGGGCCGCCCGUCCUAUUCUCGCUCACCGUCGAGAAGCAAGGACUGGUCAAAUCAUCGUUCUAGUCACCGUUCACGCAGUCGUUCACACGAUCGUGAGCACUCCCGUUCAUAUAGUCAUGGCCGUCGACGCUCUGAUUGAGGGUGAUGAGAUAUCAGACCAAUUUAUCAGGCUUGUGGCGUCUGAGGUGAAGGGUCAUGAUGCAGAAUAUGAAGAAAGUUUGCGAGAACGCGAACGAAAUAACCCAAAGUAUGCAUUCAUGAGAAAGGAUCAUCGCAGAAACCGGCUCUAUCGCUCACUGGUCGAUAAGCGAGAAAUACAAGAUCCCCAAUUCGAUGACGAUGGCUACAAUUCCGUUUACUCUACGGAUUCCGCGGAAGAGUCUGAACGAGAGCGAGGUCGGAAGAAUGAGCUCGGGAAGCUUUCCCGGCGGAGAUUUGAGGCUAUGCUUCGCGCUCUCACUGGUCGCAGGGGAGAAAUUGCGCGUUGUAUGGCAUUCAGCCUUGAACACGCUGAAGCUGCUGGAGAGGUAUCGGAUAUAAUCACUGCAUCCCUUGUGCUCGACGGAACCCCUGUUCCACGCAAGGUGGCUAGAUUACACUUGAUUUGCGACAUCCUUCACAACUCUGCCGCUCCUUUGCCGAUGGCCUGGAAAUUCCGUCAGGAGUUUCAAUCACGCCUUGGUCUCGUCUUUGACCAUCUUUCAACCAUCUAUCAUUCAUUUCCUGGGCGUAUCACGGCUGAAACAUUCAAGAAGCAGAUUACCUCAGUCGUGGACAUUUGGGAAGAUUGGAUCGUCUUUCCACCUGACUUUACCUUAGAAUUGCGGGAAAGGCUUGAGGGCUCAAUAAGGCCAGAAGAAUCCAAACUUCAGGAUGAGCAGGUUGUUAGCGAAGUGAAAGAAAUUUCACCUGUUUUCACAUCUAAGUUCACAGCAAGUUCUUUCAAGCCUGCUGAAGAACUUGCCCAAUCCGCCAAUGCGGCUGACGACGACGACGACGACGGAGAGCCUAUGGACGAGGGCAGUGAUAUUGACGGUACGCCCAUUGACGACGUGGACGGAGAGCCUAUAAAGGACGAUGUGGAUGGAGAACCUAUUGAUGACAUUGACGGUGAGCUGAUGGAUGAUGUCGAUGGAGUACCGAUUGGGGAUGACCUGGACGGAGAGCCUAUAUUUGACGACAUAGAUGGUGUUCCCAUGGAUAUGUGA